GCUCCUGGGAAUUAGGUGUCUGGACCUCCGCUGUCUGUUCCAACCGCGGCCAGCAUCAGAUAGUCACAUCUCCCAGCCGGUGACCAUGUUCGACAAGACGCGGCUGCCGUACGUGGCCCUCGAUGUGCUGUGCGUGUUGCUGGCUUCCAUGCCCAUGGCUGUUCUAAAUUUGGGCCAAAUAGAUCCAUUUCAGAGAGGCUUUUUCUGUUCUGACAACAGCGUGAAGUACCCGUACCAUGACAGUACCAUCAGAUCCGUUAUUCUCACCGUAGUGGGGCUUGGCUUACCCAUUUCCUCUAUAAUUGUCGGAGAAACCUUGUCUGUUUACUUUAGUACCUUGCGAUCAAACUCCUUUGUCAACAACCACUAUGUAGCCACUAUUUACAAAGCUGUGGGAACCUUUUUGUUCGGAGCCGCAGCCAGUCAGUCGCUGACUGACAUCGCCAAGUACUCUGUAGGCAGACUGCGGCCUCACUUCUUGGCCGUCUGCAACCCAGACUGGUCAAAAAUCAACUGCAGCGAUGGUUAUAUCGAGACCUACAUAUGUCAGGGGAGUGCCACGAAAGUCAGGGAAGGCAGGUUGUCCUUCUACUCGGGCCACUCUUCAUUUUCUAUGUACUGCAUGCUCUUUACAGCACUUUAUCUUCAAGCCAGGAUGAAAGCAGACUGGGCAAGACUCCUACGCCCCACGCUGCAGUUUGGGCUUGUUGCUUUUUCCAUAUACGUGGGCCUUUCUCGAAUUUCUGAUUACAAACACCACUCGAGUGACGUGCUAGUUGGACUCAUUCAAGGAGCUGUGGUUGCAAUAUUAGUUGUUGUGUAUGUAUCAGAUUUCUUCAAGAGCACACAUUCUUACAUAGAAAGAUCAGAGGACGACUCGACUGGACUGAAAACACCACCGCCGCACAUAGCUAAUCGAACAAUCAACCAGCCUUGAAGAGUGCAGGGGAAACAGCCAGCUUUAAAGGAAACUGCUGGAGGCAGGAGGACGCGUAUUAAUUACUUCCUGGUGUACAGGCCAUUCAUUACAGGACGGCUGCCAUACCUCUUGGAUGCCCACUUUAUCUGUGUAAAUAGUUACAUUUAAGACAAUGAGUAUCUCACAGUUUAAUUAAAGAAAUUCAAGCUUUCCACUAAAAUACUGUCCCACCUGUACAUUUUUUAAUUAAAAGAUGCUAUGUACAAAUGUGUAUGUUACACGCCUUC